AUGGAGACAGAAGUAAACAACGACCUAGUCAUGGCGCCGGCGGAGGAGUUACCAUCGGCCUUGGUCGAAGAGAUACUCCUCCGGUCGCCAAAGAAAUCACUUGCUCAAUUCAGAGCGGUAAGUAAGCCGUGGAACGCUAUUUGGGAGGACAAGAUUUUCUUGAACAAGUAUUUCGCUCGCGCCCGCCCUGAAUUCAUCUUAAGGACCAAUUCCCAGAUCUGUUCGGUAGCCAUCAGUCUCGACGACGACCAUGUGGAGGUGCGUGAUAUAACUUCACACAUUCCAUUUCGAAUCGGAAUGCAUAGCAUUUUAGUUCAUUGCGAUGGGUUCUUGUUAUCUGGCAUGUGGAAGAAAGGUUUUGCGGUUUGGAAUCCAUGGUUAAGCAAGAAGAGAUUUGUAGAGAAUCACGAAUUCAGGUUUUGCGGCGUAGGUUACGAUAACACUAGACCCGAAACCGGUUACAAGAUUUUUGGGGUUUAUUUUUGUGCCGAUGAUGCUACUAGCAAACUCUACCCAAAAGUAGCCAUUUAUGAGUGCAAAACUGAUGCGUGGAGGUUUAUUAGGUUCAAUGCCCCUAGCGAGGAACAAGAUUGGCGUGUGCCACAGUUAGAUAGUAUCGUCUCUCUCAACGGGAAUUUAUAUUGGAUCUCUUAUCAUUCACCAGAAUAUUCCAUCCGAAGCUUUGAUUUUUCAGAGGAGACAUUCAAAACGUUUUGUCUUCUACCUGCGUCUAGUGAAGAAGACUUCGGCUACACUCAAGUGCUUGGUGUUUUCGAGGGUGAUCGGUUUUCGGUGUUGAGGCAAUCUUAUUUGACCGGGAAGAUUGAGAUUCUGGUGACAAAGCAAAAUAUUGAGCGGAAGGCUGUGGUGUGGAUAAACUUGAUGACAGUGUCUAUACCAAACUUGCCUAGGUUACAGCAGAAAUGUCUUGCUUGUCAGCCAAGUUACUUCGUUGAUAAUAAGAAGAAGCUAUUUGUGUGUACUUGUGAUGAAGCUGGAAAUGCUUGCAUCUACAUUGUUGAGAGAGAUGUGUUCAAGAAGAUUCCAAUAGAGUCUGUGGUUGAUCUUUGGCCUUCUCAUCUCACCUAUAUCCCCAGUUUUGUCCCCAUUCCUCUCAAUCAACAAGGAUCUCAAGUUUAA